GAGGAGGAGAAAGCAUCGGGUAGUCAGAUAAGAAUGGCUGCGUGUCAGUGAGUGAAUGAAUGAAAAUGCAAAGCGCUAAUAUUGUCCCUAUCCCUUCUCCCACUGCUUCUGCUGUUGCUGCUGCCGCAACUGCGAAGCCCUCUUUCUUACUGCUACUAACAGUAACAAAUGCAAACCCGCCUUCAAUAACCCCAAACUUUGCGGCGAGUGUUUACUCGUCUUCUUUUAUAAAACCAAACCAUUCCGCCGUCUCCCAUUCCAGUUGCAGACCUCAUGCGCAGUGCUCAUCUUCAAACAAGUUCGAUUCGGAGGAUGAUGAUGAUGACCAAGCGGUAUCGGAGGAUGGUGAUGGUGACGUAAGCAUAAAUAUGGAUGCUGCGGCGGAUGAUAUUGAUAUUGAGAUUGAUAUUGAUAUUGAUGUAGAGAUAGAGAAGACGGGAAACAACUGUCGGAGGAUCCGAUCGGAAAUUGGGAUAGAGGCCCCACUCAACACUGUCUGGAAUCUCUUGACUGAUUAUGAGAGAUUGGCCGACUUCAUUCCGGGACUUGCCGUCUGUCGAUUGCUCCAUAAGACAGACAACUACGCUCGACUUUUUCAGAUUGGGCAGCAAAACUUGGCAUUUGGGCUGAAAUUCAAUGCUAAAGGAAUCGUGGAUUGUUAUGAGACUCCGCUUGAGAUCCUUCCUAAUUUGGGUCACAAGCGUGAUAUCGAAUUUAACAUGGUUGAAGGGGACUUUGAAAUCUUUCAAGGAAAAUGGUCUCUUCAACGGCUGAAUAGGGAAAUAUCAUGUGACGACUCUUUGAUAGAGCAGCAAAUGCACACAACUCUUUCCUACUUGGUUGAUGUAAAGCCAAAGCUGUGGUUGCCCGUUCGGCUUGUUGAGGGUAGACUUUGCAAGGAGAUAAAAAUUAACCUUGCAUGCAUCCGAGAAGAAGCGCUGAAACUAACUCACAGUAACACUAUGCAGCACCCUCGUUAAGUAUGCUAUAUAUGCGCCCUAUUGUUAUAUUCAUUUAGCAUUACAUAUAUAUUGGAAAGUGAUUUGUUGUAAUCUUUCUCCAAUCGGGUUCCACUUGGCCUUGCGCAUCUAAAGGAAACCAAGAAUUGUAUACAACUGUGAAUAAGCGUGUACAAUCCAAUACAAAUAUAUACAUCAGUCUUACCGCAUCAAAACCAAUGUUUAACGAAACUCCAACUUCCUAUAUGCUACUAACCAAUCCACUGUGGCUAUGUGUUUGAAUUAAAAUUAUUACGCACACUGGUUAAGAUAUCUGGAACAAUUGCAUAUUUUCUGUUUCAAGGCGUGUUGCCAUUAUCAUCGUAUUCGAGCUCUUCACGGGCUCAUUCGAAGACAUAGACCUGCUGUUGUUUACUUAAAUGGAAACUAAAAUGAGAAACAACAGGAUUGAUGGUGUGUUUCCCAUCUUUACACUCUUCUUUCUAGUUUUGAUCCAUUGCUUUUUUUCUUAACUUUUCCUCGGAAUGUUUUGUCCUCCAUCUGGUUUAAAAAAACCUUUCUAUAGGUUGGUCGACCAAUUAAACACCAAGCUUUGUUUCUGUUCAAACUUCAUACACUCAAAAAAGGGACUCCGCCUACUUAUUUUGGCUGAUGGUGUUGGGUUCAAUGUCCCUGCUUAAGUGGAUGCUUACUUGGAUUCAAUGAACUUACUUAAUGCAUGUGGUGUUCUUUCCACAUAGUACAUUCAUCUAUUGUAUGUGAAUGGAGAGUUGCAUGCAUUCUUUGUAUGUGCAUAGGUUCAUUGGAGGUAAUGAAGGAGUUUAGUUUAGACAAGGUUUAAUGCAUUUAUUGGGGUGCAUUGAUUCGUGAUGUGGGUAGAUGGUACAAUGCAUCUAUGGCCUUCUCCUCGGCUAUAUAAAGGGAGGUUUGUUCUGAAAUCAAGUAGGUCAUCAAGGUAUCAACUCAAGUGUGAGUGUGAUUCACUAGGGAGUUGGAUCUUCACUAAUGUUGACAAGGUGCAUGCAGCUCAAGUUCUCAACAUGCUGGGCUUGGAAGACUGGUUUGAAGGCCUUUUAUGCUUUGAAACUCUUAACCCUCCUCACCUCGAACCAAUUGAUUGCAUGAUGGCAUCAGAUUCUCUACAAACCCUCAUCACCUUGAACGAACUAAAUGGUCAUCAUAGAACGUACACCAGAGGCUAAAGCCAAGUCACCAAUUCUCUACAAACCCUCUUUCGAAGCAAUUGAAGUUGUUAUUUUUAUUGCAAAUUUUGAUCCAGAAAAAAUUAUUUUCUUUGAUGACAGUGCUAGGAACAUAGCAAGUGGGAAGGUAGCAGGACGUCAUACAGUCAUUGUAAGACCUCUACAACUGAAAAAAAAUAACUAAUAGAAAUAACUGAACCGUCAGAGGAAUGAAACUUGUAGCUCAUGGUGUGUAAAGUAAGGCUUGACUGAGAAAAAGUAAAAAUGGGGAUCUUCCAACUUUCGCAAAGCAUCCAAUCUAGUUUUUUCUGGAUCAACAUUUGCAAUAGGAAUAGCAGCUUCAAUUGCUUCCACAGAGGGUUUGCAGAGAAUUGGUGACUUGGCUUUACCCUUUGGUGUCCGUUCUAUGAUGACCGUUUGGUCAGUGGCGGAUCCAGGAUUAUGUAGCCAAGGGGGCUUAGUGUAAAAGUUCAGAAAUUUUUCUACAAAGAAAAUAAUGCUAAAAAGAUAGAAAGAUA